AUGGAACUGACAGGGCAUGGAGAAGCACUGCGACUUCUGGUUCUGACUGUGCCCCAGAAUUUCCUGAAAGACGCGUGCGAAGAACUCGAUCAACGCGUGUGGAAGGUAGACGUAGUGAACGAUCUCGUGUCGCUUUCAUCCGAUUCAGAGCUUGAUGUAUCCAUUUACACAGAAACCUCCGGAAGCUGCAGGUCUUGCGCAGAAGCUGCUGUGUGGGACAAAUUUGUUGACAGCAAGGGAAACUUGUUCUACCUCAAUCCGAAACCAAACCAUGCAUCUGUUUCGGAGCCUCGUUUAAAAAAUGGGACGGAUUGGAAGAAAACUGCGGGGCGGCGUCUGAAAUCGUUCUUGAAGAAAAAAUCGAGUGACGCGAAGAAUAAGUACGAUGCGUGCGAUGAUGGUCGGAAGGAUGUUUGGAUUCGAAUAUCUCGGAAGUCUUUGAAGGGUAAAGAAGGUGACGAGGAGGCUUUGUUGGGGCGCCUACUAGGCAUUGUUGCUCUUCCGCCGGUCAGUGCUGGAGAAAAUUUCGUUCGUGUUGCAGCCAUCCUUCCGGAGAGCAGUUGCUUGGUCUCCGGUAAAAUCAGUCCCGGUGAUCGAUUGAUUGCUGUAAACAGCGAACCAGUUUCAUAUCGGGACGUGCAAGACAUUUUAUCUGCGUGUCUGCGUAAGAAGCAGAAGAAGAUUAAACUCACGCUGCUUACAGCUGCUUCAAUUCGAACGGAAAAUCCGUUGGCGCCAGUGUUCAAGUCAAGCACGGAUGUUGGAAUAAUUGUUGAAAGCACCCCCUCGGUGACCGGAUCUGUAGUCGGAAAUUCAGAAAAUGAAGUAAAUUCUGCUGCUCGAGCGCAAUGGAUCUCCGCAUGGGACGCUCCACUUGUUCCCAGGUUACAGUCAUCUGCGCCUUUCGAGGGAUACGUUGGAUUUUUCUCUUUACGUGGCGGGGGAGACGAACCGGGAUGUCGGGACGUGAAUAAAGUCUUAUACUGCUACCCGUCUUCCGUGAAGUCUUGGAAAGGGAAGUUGGGGAAAAUGCGGGGGGCUCUGCUGACAUUGUCUCAGGUAGCGAAGGACGUCAUUUCGUCAUCACCUACUCUUUCGCGUUUGAAAUUGGACGAAAAUCACAUCUUGGUGUCCCAUGUUGUACAAGGACCAGAAGUUCUGAUUCUCGCCUUGGAAUGCGAUGAGUAUUACUCAAGAAACUUACAAGAAUUCAGAACGCAUGACCUUGAACUCUUCCUUGAUCUUGAAUUCGGAAAUUUGUUGGGUAUGCAAGAGGCGUUGAAAAGCAACGCUGGCAAACAAGAGCUUUUGAACCGCCUAAAUGCGGUUUUCGAUUCACAUUUCUCGUCGCUGCGGGAAGAGCGAAAUUCCGAGCUGAAUGGAAACUUGACGUUCGAGCUUAUGUCAUCAGGCCUUUGGGACGUGCUUGGUUCAUGUCGCUGUCCGACAAUUCCUUUGAAAUUGGGCCUAAAAAUGCAGUUGGAUUCCAUGCUAACUGACUAUGAGUCUGGAGCGUGGGAGUAUUCAGUUGAUUUCGAAUCCGACUGGUUGCGAGGUUGUUACAUAUCAGGUUCUGCAGUUUUUUUUAAGGGCUAUUUGCUGGCUUCUCACCUGAGUGAAGGAGUUCUGGCGAAAGUAGUAUUGCUUUUGAAAUUUCGGAAGUUAUUCGAGGUCACAUGGAGUCGUUCGGUCGAUCAACUAGUGGUUUGGCAGCCGAUUUUCCUCGAUGACGACGGCUUUCAUUCCGAAGAUAAACGCAUGAGCUACUUGCUCGUUGUUGGACAUGGCCAGCUCUUGUAUGUCGUCAUUUUGGAGUCUGCUGUUUUUACCGUCGGGUCUGUAUUCUUGGCGUUUGAAAAUGUUAGCAUUCCGAAAUUUAUAUUGAUUUGUCGCUACAGUCGAGAAGCUGUUGCGGGACCAGAAUACGCGUAUGUUCAACGGGGAUUCAAGUUGCUGCGGCAAAUCGGGUGUUUGCGGUUCACGGAAGUGGCUGCGGCAUCGCUCUUGUCUGGCAUUAUAAGCGGAGGACUGAAUCAGAUAGACUCGGUCCUGAAGAGCAAUGGGAAAACUUUGGUUCGCAAAAAGUCGGAAGCUAAGCAGAAGACAGCUGUGAAGAAUGUAGGGAACAAACCCCGACUUGUGGCCGCGGUUUCGCAACCGGUGUUAUAUCCGUCUCUUGGCAGAGACUCACAGCGGAGUGGCUUGAUGUUUCGAAGCCAAUCGCAGCGGGAUUUGACGUUUGAUGGUGAUCCGACAUGGGAAUCUGACGGUGAAACCUCGCGGUUGAGCUUCGCCCCUGGCAGACUCCGGGAAGUUGAUGAAUUGGACGGCAUCGAAAGACCAAUUAGACGUGGCCAAAGCAGAAAUGGUGUCGAUGAUCCUGCAGCAUCUUCGACUCCCUUGCCGUCGACUGGUUCCAGGUCGUCCAGUUACGUGGAAGAAACUUCAGUGAAAGGAGGUGUACUUAUGUCAUUGCAUCCUGAUGACAUUGAGGACAGUCGUGCCGAGUUCAGAGUAUCUCGCGGUCCAUGCAAUCCUGAUUUGGUUCCAUCAAUCUUCUACUUUGUGGCUGAGAUGCGAGAAAGUGGGGUAAUAUGUUGUCCAGUUGAAGGGGACAUACUUCGGCAAAACUCCAAAUCGUUUGGUCGGUUAUUGAACCACUUUCGAAGUGCGGUUUCCAUCAUACGGCGCCGUUUUGAUACCGAUCGGAAACUGAAAGCAUCUUCCCCGAUGAUUGAACAGGGCAUAUUGAUGACGUUGAAGAAUUUCGGCGUCGGGGAAAAGAAAACUUCAAGCGCCAAGAAGUCUUCAUGUCAUUUCUGGGUUAUCGGACGAUAUUUUCCUGCGCCGGUCGAACAAGAGUUGUUCGUCUGCCAUCACGAGUCAGUUCCACAGGACAUGACGGAAAUCGGUUUCAGACUUAUGUCGAAGUUUUGAGACCUGAGUCGAUUUGGAUUUAUUUCCCCGUGUGCUUCAAUCAUUAAGGCCAAAUAACGCAUUGCUUGCCAUUCACAAGGAUUCAGAAACUUUCUGUGAUGCCGAUAUAGCCUCGGGAAACUCACGUUUUGUUGAACGAAUCAAGUCGUCCAUCCAUUGCAACGUGGUGCAAAUUCGAACAUGAAUCAUAUUUUUUAAUGAAUCUAAAGUGCAUGUUUGAAUUAUGUAACGUAUCCGUCCAAAUAUAUCUAUUUCAUCUGAA